CUUUUCCAGCGUUCAAAUCGAAAUCAAUCAAUCAUCGGUCUAAAUUCCUAAAGAUGCGUUUUUCUCCUGCUCUUCUUUUGGCUACUUCUGCCAUGAGUGUUUUGGCUCAGGAGACCUCGACUACUUCGCUUUUCCUUGGUGGACCUUCCAUCUCUGGACAGGAGUAUGCCGGGUCUGUGGUUACGGCUGGACCUAGUGAGACGGUCUAUGCACUCGUCUGUACAGGGUCUGCUUGUUACAACGCAUCUACAAUCACUGUAAGUCCCCCUACCAAUCCUGAUGAUGUGUUGGUGUAUGUUAGUCUGGGAUGUGUCCAAACGACCCUCAGCCAUGGUAAUACCGUACCCGGUAUAGAGAUGUCCAACAGCUCUAGCGUUGCACAAGCAACAUUUGAUAGAAACACUCACGUUACAAAUCGCACAACAUACCAACCGGAAUCACAGCAAACCUACACCGUCGGCCCAUCCACUUUCGCCCUCGACUUCGUCACAACAACCCUUGGUGUUGAAGCUUCGGCCUCCGAGACUUGCAAGAUUACCGGCACGGAAGCUGCUGUCUGUACCUUUACCAUGAAUGUCAAUAUCCCCGAUGUCACAGCAUUGAGUAUCGAGAGUUUUGUUACAUUGUCGGGUACUCUGUUCAACAGCUUUCCCGUCCAGUUGACCGCUGGCCUUGAAAAGUUGGCUUCUGCUACAGCUCCAGCUUCUGCUACUGGCAGUGCUUCUGGUUCUACGUCUUCUUCAUCGUCGACUCGUACUGCUUCGGGCAGUGCCGUAUCGUCCUCUGCUGCUGCUUCGGCGAGUGCUGCUUCUGCUUCGGACAGCGGAUCUGUGAGUGUCGUGCUGAUUGACAUAUCUCGACGCUUGUACUGAUCCUCGAAAUUUAGGGCGCAUCUUCGAUCAUGUCAAACGGUAGGAGUGGUGAUGUUUUGGCUUUGGUCAUGUUCACGGCUGUGGUGGUGUCGGUUGGCGCCCUCGUGAUCCUGUAGAUUCACACAGAUGAUGACAUUGAUAGAGCAAUAGCAGUCUGGCGUUCAUCAUCGCAAAAGAAAGCCUUCAUCUAAGUAGUAGAUGAGACUGUUGCAAGAUCGUGAUGUUUCAGUCCCAGAAAUAGUGUUGAAAUCAACAGUCGUGGUAUAAU